CUGUUUAGCUACGAUGACUCGUGGAGGCUGUGGGACCUGGAGGUUAGGGUUAGCGUUAGGGCCCUAACCCUAACCCUAACCCUGUUUAGCUACGAUGACUCGUGGAGGCUGUGGGACCUGGAGGUCCAGGAGGAAAUCCUGCACCAGGAGGGCCACAGCAAGGGAGUCCACGACCUGAGCUUCCACCCCGACGGCUCGCUGCUGGCCACCGGAGGGCUGGACGCGUUCGGCCGGGUCUGGGACCUGCGCACCGGGCGCUGCGUGGUUUUCCUGGAGGGACACCUGAAGGAGAUCUACAGCCUCCACUUCUCCCCCAACGGCCACCACCUGGCCACCGGCAGUGGGGACAACACCUGUAAGGUGUGGGAGUUGCGCAACAGGAAGUGUCUGUACACCGUCCCCGCCCACCAGAACCUGGUGUCCGCCGUCCGCUUCCAGCCCACUGACGGCCACUUCCUGCUGACGGGCGCCUACGACAACACGGUGAAGGUCUGGAGCCACCCGGGCUGGAUGCCCCUGAAGACCCUGGCCGGGCACGAGGGCAAGGAGAUCUACAGCCUCCACUUCUCCCCCAACGGCCACCACCUGGCCACCGGCAGUGGGGACAACACCUGUAAGGUGUGGGAGUUGCGCAACAGGAAGUGUCUGUACACCGUCCCCGCCCACCAGAACCUGGUGUCCGCCGUCCGCUUCCAGCCCACUGACGGCCACUUCCUGCUGACGGGCGCCUACGACAACACGGUGAAGGUCUGGAGCCACCCGGGCUGGAUGCCCCUGAAGACCCUGGCCGGGCACGAGGGCAAGGUGAUGGGCGUGGACGUUUCUCCGGACGGGAAACUGAUCGCCACCAGCUCCUACGACCGAACCUUCAAGCUGUGGCUCUUUGGCUCGGGGGGGUCUCGGCAGAUAAAGGCAGAGCGGCGGUCUGGAGGCGGUCUAAAGUCCUUCAGAGGGACGGGGACGGACAUGGCCGCUCUGUGCAGCGAACUGGAUCCUCUCUGGGACUGGAACCUGACCUGGUACACCUCCUCCCCAGACCUCACCCGGUGCUUCCAGCAGACGGUGCUGGUGUGGGCGCCCGGUCUCUACCUGUGGACCUGCGCCCCCUUUUACCUGGUCUACCUGCAGCUCUGCCCCAAAGGACUCAUCCCCCUGUCCAGACUCUGCUGCAUCAAGACGCUCCUGGCUCUCAGUCUGGCUUCUUUUGGACUUCUGGAGAUGUUUUAUUUCCUGGUGAAGCUGAGCGAGAUCCAGAACCACCUCCUGGUGCUGCUGGCCCCUCUGAUCCGUGUUCUGACUCUGGGUUUGGCUGCAGCUGUAAUCCACGUUGAGAGGAUGAAGGGCCGACGUUCAUCCGUGCUCCUCUUCCUCUUCUGGACCCUGUUGGUUCUGUGUUCUAUUGUUCCUCUAAAGCUCAACAUCGAGCACAUUGUUGAUCAGGGCUCCUCCUCGGACAGCCUGCGCUUGGUGGCGUUCUUCAUCACUUUUUUCCUCCAGCUGACUGAACUGGUGCUCAGCUGUUUCUCUGACGGCCGACCUCUCUCCCACAGGUACUCCCACGUCCAGAAUCCAUGUCCAGAAGAAGAUGCCUCCUUCCUCUCCAAGUUUUUCUUCUUCUGGUUCAGCAGUUUGGGGCUUCGGGGUUAUUGGCGCCCCCUGCAGGCUGCAGAUUUGUGGGCUCUGCGCCUCCAGGACUCAUCCAUCCAGAUCAUGGCCGACUUUCAGAGAUUAUGGAAGCAGCAGUCCCAGUCCAGGUCCUGGUUCUGGCUCCGGUCCUGGUGUGCUGAUCCCGCCACAGAAACAGAACAAACCCAUCUGCUGAGGAAGAGCCGGAGAGGGUGGGGGUACGAGUCCUCCCUGCUGUGGGCCUUAGGGCGGAGCUUCGGAGCCUACUUCCUGUGUGGAACGCUGUGCCUCCUCCUGCACGACGCCUUCAUGUUCACCGUGCCCCAGGGCUUCCUGUUCGCCGCGCUGCUCUUCCUGCUGUCCUGCCUGCAGUCGGUGCUGCACCACCAGUACAUGUUCCACUGCUUCACCGUGGGCAUGAGAGUGAAGACUGCCGUCAUGGGCCUGGUCUACAGGAAGAGUCUGGUGAUGAGCAGCUCGGCCCGCCGCUGCUGCACCCUGGGAGAAAUCAUCAACCUGGUGUCCGCCGACACGCAGAAGCUCAUGGACUUCGUGGUUUACUUCAACAGUGUUUGGAUCGCUCCCAUUGAGAUUGCGCUCUGCUUCUAUUUCCUGUGGCAGCUCCUCGGCCCUCCGGCCCUGGCUGGUAUCGCUACAGUCGUAUUGAUCUUUCCUUUGAAUGGGUUCAUUGCUAAAGUCAGAAGCAAACUUCAGGAAGCUCAGAUGAAGUUUACAGACAGUCGGAUCAAACUGAUGACUGAGAUAUUGGGUGGAAUAAAAAUUCUCAAGUUUUACUCAUGGGAGGAAGCGUUCCUGAGACGCGUAAACAACCUGAGAGAUGGAGAGCUCAAAGCCUUAAAGACAUCUCAGAUACUUCACUCUGUUUCGCUGGCUUCCUUUAACUCCUCCUCCUUCCUGAUUGCCCUGUCAGUAUUCACAGUCUACGUAUUGAUCGACAAUCAAAAUGUUCUGGAUGCUCAGAAAAUCUUUGUUUCUGUCACUUUGAUCAACAUUCUGAAAACUCCCCUGAGUCAGCUUCCAUUUGCCAUGAGCACCACCAUGCAGGCCGCCGUCUCCCUGAGACGUCUGGGACGCUUCUUGGCUCAGGACGAGUUAAAGACGAACAACGUGGAGAGGCUUCCGCAUGACUCAGACGGAGACAGCCUGGUGGUGGAGGGCGGGUACUUCUCCUGGUCCGAAGCCACGCAUCCGUGUCUCCAGAGGAUCGACCUGAGGGUGAAGGCGGGGUCCCUGGUGGCUGUGGUCGGCCAUGUUGGCUCUGGGAAGUCGUCUCUGCUGUCGGCCAUCUUGGGAGAGAUGGACAGAAGAAGUGGCUCUGUUUUAAUCAAAGGCUCCCUGGCCUACGUCCCGCAGCUCGCCUGGAUCCAGAAUGCUUCUCUGAAGGAAAACAUUCUGUUUGGUGGGGAGCGUAAGGAGGGCUGGUACCACCGUGUGCUGGACGCCUGCGCUCUGCUGCCAGACCUGGAUCUCCUUCCCUCCAGAGACAGCACCGAGAUUGGAGAGAAGGGUUUAAACCUGUCUGGAGGACAGAGGCAGAGGGUGAGUCUGGCUCGGGCCGUUUACCGUAGAUCAGACGUUUACCUGCUGGAUGAUCCGCUAUCUGCUGUGGAUGCUCAUGUGGGACAGCACAUCUUUGAUCGAGUCAUUGGCCCCAGCGGACUCCUGAAGGGGAAGACCCGGGUGCUGGUAACUCAUGGACUCAGCUUACUGUCCAAAGUGGACCUGAUUCUGGUGAUGGAAGACGGCCGCAUUUCUGAGAUGGGGUCCUACAUGGAGCUGAUGAACACAAAGGGCCUUUUGGCGAAGUUAGUCCACACCGUCAGUGUGACCCAACGCAGAGAGAGCCCAAUUCUCAAAGAGAAGAGUAGCAGGAAGUCUGUGUCCCGCCUCAGUAUGACAGAAUUCUCCAUUGAUCUGUCUCAGGAGCAGCUGAUCAGCUGUGACAUGAGCAGCGCCAGUGUGAAACUGGUGGAGGUGGUGGAUCAGGACUUGGACCGGGACGAUCCUGGAAAACUUACAGAAGCUGACAAGGCUCACACGGGCAGAGUGAAGCUGCAGAUGUACAGGGAGUACUUCACAACCAUCCGCCUCACCUUCUUCAUGACCAUCAUCUUCCUCUGUGCCUUCCAGCAAACGGCCUCGCUGGCCUACAGCUACUGGCUGAGCCUUUGGGCUGACGACGUGCAUGGAAACGCCACGCACAGCAACCAUGAGCUAAAGCUGAGUGUUUUUACAGCACUGGGAUUCACACAAGUAAGUCGCUCUCCAAUCUACAGCCAUUUCAACGAGACUGUUCAGGGCGCCAGCGUGAUCCGAGCCUUUGGCGAACAGCAGCGGUUCAUCUCGCAGGCCGACAGUCGUAUUGACAACAAUCAGGAAGCCUAUUUUCCUCGCUUUGUUGCCACCAGGUGGUUGGCCGUGAACCUUGAAUUUCUGGGAAAUCUCUUGGUUUUGGCUGCUGCUAUCUUUUCUGUACAACGUCGAGAAGAACUCAGCCCGGGAAUCGUAGGACUGGCAGUGUCACACUCUCUUCAGGUUACAGGAAUCCUGAGCUGGAUUGUUCGUUCCUGGACUGAUGUAGAGAACAACAUCGUAUCAGUAGAAAGAGUUAAAGAGUAUGACAACAUGCCUAAAGAGGCAGCAUGGAGCAUUGAAGGAUCUUCACUACCAGCAAGCUGGCCAACUUCAGGAACCAUACAGUUCGAAGCCUACGGUUUACAGUACCGAAAGGGUUUGGAUUGGGCUUUGAAAGACAUUUGCAUCAACAUCCAGGAUGGGGAAAAGGUGGGGAUUGUUGGACGGACAGGAGCUGGAAAAUCAUCUCUGGCUUUGGGGAUCUUCAGAAUUCUAGAGGCGGCUAAGGGAAGGAUUUUAAUCGAUGGGAUCAAUAUUUCUCAGCUUGGUCUCCACGAUCUCAGGUCCAGAAUCACCAUCAUUCCUCAGGAUCCAGUGCUCUUUUCCGGCUCCCUCAGGAUGAACUUGGAUCCAUUUGAGAAAUUCCCGGAUGAAGAUCUAUGGAAAGCUUUGGAACUGGCACAUCUCAGCAGCUUUGUGUCAGCACUGCCACUGAAACUGAAUUAUCAGUGCAGUGAGGGGGGGGAGAACCUCAGCCUUGGUCAGCGGCAGCUACUGUGUCUGGCCAGAGCUCUGCUGAGGAAGACCAGGAUCCUGGUUCUGGACGAAGCAACAGCAGCUGUGGACCUGCGGACUGACCAGCUGAUUCAGUCCACCAUUCGCAGUCAGUUUGCUGACUGUACAGUUCUGACCAUAGCUCACCGCCUCAACACCAUCAUGGACAAUACCAGGGUCAUUGUGAUGGACCAGGGCUCUAUUGUGGAGAUGGACUCCCCUGCUGAGCUCAUCCAGCGACGGGCUGGACCAUGGAAACCUAGCGGUGUUAACAAGUGGUUCAGUCUGAUCAGGUGGUGUGUCCUGUCCGGCUGA